AUGCCAAAGCGAAAGCACGAUGAUGCUCCAGAGAGCUAUGCAUAUCUCAAACCUCAAGUUCGUCGCGUGCCAGAGAAGACCAUCAAGUCAAAAUGGGCACCAUUGCCAGAACCCGUCCAGGAGAAGGUCCGCGACAUGUUUCAUUCGCUCGAGCGACCAGUGAUCAUGCGAAAUCAGAAUGAACGAAAGCGCAUCGAGGCCCAGGGCGCUGUGCAAGCGGUGGUACGAAAUCUAAACAAACGCCUCCCGCGGAUGCCCUUCCCUCCCGUAACAAAAGACUCUAAUUUCGACUAUGAAUCUGCACUGAAUGAGCAUCGUUUGCUCGAGGCCAACCUGGCUACGAUGAACGACAGUGUUGAUCUAUUGAAAGCAGAGAUUGCCAAAGAAGAAGCACUGCUUGCCAGGGAAACCAAAUCCCUGCAAGAAAUGGACAAGAAUGCUAAGCGUGCUGAGGCCGAGAGAAAGAGGCAAACCAAGAACGAACACCCGGUGCUUCGGCAACUGGAUUCGCUUCCUCGAGCAGAGGCCCGCGCGUCCUCCGAGUUCAUGCUUCUUGGCACGAAAGAAAGCCAAUCCACCUUGGACGAGUUGGAUGAUGAUCCCGAGGUGCGAGGACUGAUGAAACAGCUCAAUGGUCAUUUGCAAUCUAUGCAAAACAAUACCGCACCCUUUGCCGAACUCGCCGAUGCUAUCACUCGUUCACAGUCCGCCCUGGAUUUGUAUUCAAUGCCGAACGACUGA